UAGAAAUACUUCAAAGCACAAGAAUUUAAAAGUUUUAUGCUUUUGCAAAAUAUAUUAAGAAUACAAAUAAUUCAGCAAAUAAUCAAGUAAAAUAUACAUCAUCAUUAAAAUUUUGGAAAAUGACAGAUAUGUGUGAAAAAUUGUUACCAGAAGUACUGGAACACUUGGUGAAGUUAGCGUUGCGGUACGACAAUACAGUGACGAAGAAAAGACGUCUUUGGGAUUUAUCAUCUCCACGAUGUCGUAGUACCAAAUUUGAACCACCUUAUAUUGAUAUAGUUAACAGAAAUAAGACAAGAAUCGUUCGACUUGAAGAACCUGUCCUUAGUCGUAGUGAACAGUUGUCCUUACCAAGAUCGAGAAAACUAUUGGAAUUGAAAAAAUCUCCUGCAUUUCAUGAAUUCGAACCACUCCGAAAGAGCAAUGUCAAUCGUAGAGUAAGAAAAAGUUUACUUUCCGUGUAUAGUCGCUUAGGAAAUGUUCAACCACCACAAAAACCAGUGAAACCGCCACAGUUAUCUAAAGCAGAGUUAAAGUUUCAUGCGGAUUAUACCAAACGUUUAGCGAAACCAAAGGCCCUACCAAAACCACCACAAGUAGAGCGCACAAAAAAAAUAUAUAAUAAGAAACGCACUAAAAAAUUAGCCAAACCAAAAGUGCAUCAGGAAGAACCGAUAAAUGAAUGGAAGUUUACAAGGGCUUUACAGAAUUAUCAGCCAAGUCAACGUAUUAGGAAUUUAGCUAUACCAAAACAAAGCUUAAUGCAAGAAUCAAAUCCUAAUGCCUUUAAAGUAAAAAAAAGUGCUCUUCAUUAUAAUGUUUCUAGACGUAUUGUGGAGUUGUCACUGCCAUCUGUAACGCUAUCUGAUCAAAAUGUGCGCAAAAAUGUUAACGUUAUUAGUUCAUCAGCAUUAUCUGCAAAACCCAGUAAACGUAUUAUAGAUUUGGCGGAACCAAGAGUUAGAAGUCUUCCCAAAGACUUACCACUUCCAUACAUUUCGCGGAAAGCUCUUAAAGCGAAAAUAUCGAAGCGUUUAAUAGAGCUAGCAAAACCCAAACAAUACCAUAUUUAUUAAGAUUUCUGGAGUAGUGAAUCAAACUCAGUUCCUAUAAUGAUUAUUUGUGUGAUUGUUUCAUUUGCAAUAUAUAUUGCGAUUUUUUUUUCUGUUCAA